AUGCUUUUCCUGAAAAUAGCUGGCUUCUGCCUUCUAUUUCUUUUAGGAGGUGAGUUAUUAAGUUUGAAUGCCCAUCAAGUAGAUUUUAAGCUUAUGCUGGUAAACCAUGUAAUUUGAAAACCUUCCAACCGAAUUUCUCCGUCUGCGUCUGCAACGAAAACUACUGCGAUGAGAUCGACCCUCUGGGUUCGCCGUCAAAAGGCGAAGCUGUCAUCUACUAUUCCUCGCAGAGCGGGAAAAGACUGGAAAGGUCCACGACUACUGGUUCCUCCAAUAAACCAGGUCUGUUGAGAAUCAGAAAGAAUUUUUCACAUUUUUGUUUCUAAUCGGUUGGUUUUUCUUUCAAACAUCGCGAUAAGAAAUGAUAAUAGAACUUUUGCUGCAAAGCUCAGGAUGAUCAGUUUUUGGUUUUAGCUCAAAAAACUUUCUCAAGGAUUGUUCAUCAGUUCAAAAAAAAAGAGUUACCCUUGUAGCCCUUCAAAGUGCUUCUAUAAGUGAUUCACGGCUGGCUUGAGCCAUCGAAAAAAGGGUCCUGACACGAUAAUGCACGAGAUAGCGCCUGGCUUGUGGAGAGCGCAGACACGUCACGCCCCUUUAGAGUCCCAAGCUAACUUUGAAACUACUAUUUGGAUAAAUAAAACCAAGUCGACGAAUCGUGAUAAAGGCAAACCGCCUAGAAAAAAAAAAUAAUUUUUACUUUCUACCCAUAUCAGAUGGCUUCCACGCUACUCUGGACACCAACAACAAGCAUCAGAAAAUGCUGGGAUUCGGCGGAGCUUUUACUGACGCCGCGGGGAUCAACUUACAAAAAAUGCCGUCUGCUCUUGCCGAUCAAAUAAUCAAUCAAUAUUACAGUAGUGAUGGUAAGCAUCCCAUCUUUCGAUUCGAUAAAAAAAAACCUGGUUAGGAAUCGGCUACACUUUCGGACGCGUUCCCAUGGCCAGCACCGAUUUUUCAACUCGCGUUUAUAGUUACAACGACAUUUCGAAUGACUUCAACUUACAGAAUUUCAAUCUGACUCAUGAGGAUUUCGCAUACAAAGUUGGAAGAAAAAAACUUAAAGUAACUGAUUUUCGAUUUUGGAGAUCCCUUACAUGAAGACUGCCAUGAAAGCCAACAAUCAAGUGAAGUUCAUUGGAUCGCCGUGGAGUGCGCCAGGAUGGAUGAAGAACAGUGGAAAUAUGGUCGGCGGCGGUGUUCUGAAAGGAGAAUUCAAUGGGAUCUACUACAACACAUACGCUCAAUAUUUUGUAAAGUGAGACUGAUUCAAAUUAUUCCAAGCAAAGAAAAGCAAGAAGCCAUUCUUCAGAUUCUUGACAGAAUAUCAGAAAGUCGGGCUUCCUUUCUGGGCGGUCACCGUUCAAAAUGAACCUAACACCGGCUCCUCGACGACUUGGCCCUGGCAAACACAGUACUACACUGCAGAAAUGGAAAGGUGGAGCUUGUAGAAAUAUUAAACAAAAUACGAGUUUAGAGAUUUCGUCAAAAAGCUGCUGGGACCAGCUUUGAAGACUUCAGCCGCUGGACGAAAUGUUGGUAUCAUCGUGAGUGAUGACAACCGGAAAAACUUACCUUCGUGGGGAGAUACGGUAGGUUGUCUUUCGAAAAAUAAUCCAAUGUUUUCUCAUGCAGAUUUUUGGUGAUUCGGAUGCUGCCAAGUAUGUUACUGGUAUUGGUGUUCACUGGUAUGAAGACGGACAAGUGAGUUUUUUUUAUUUUCAUUUUGCGACGAGAAAAAAACUGCCAGGGUUGCAAAUUUUUUUAUUAUUUUGAGAAAUAUGUAUGCACGUCGGGAUAGAAAAUUACAAAUCUCAUAUUCUCGGCCGAGGACCUAUCAUAAUAUCCGUGGACUGACCCAAGUGAAAUAUCCGUCUUUGUGCAGGACGGCUGAGGAUUUUGAAGCCUUGGUUUCCCACUACCAACAGUUCUUAAACCCCUUGGUUGGGUCUCGGUGGAGAUCGAACUUCUGACCCUGUAGACCGUAGACAGGCACACAAUCUGUUGCGCUAGGCGUGCCGCAAAUGAUAAUCUACCUUCGAUCUUUCAGACGCCAGCUUCAGUUCUCACUACGACUCACAAUCGUCAUCCCGAUAAAUUUAUCUUGGCAACUGAGGUUUCAUCGAUGGAUUUCCAAUAUUUAAUCCAAAAUUGCGGAUAUAGGCAUGCUGCGGCUACCGAAAAGACGGACUAGGAGAGUGGUUUGCCGCUCAGUUGAUAACCGACGACAUGAUGACGGCGAGUUUUCUAACCAGAAUGAAAAUUUUAGAGUUUCUUCUAAAAUCUCAAAUAUAAAGUUUUUUUUCAGGAUUUCCAAAACUACGUGGCAGGGUGGGUGGAUUGGAACCUAGUGCUGGACAUGUCGGGAGGGCCGACCUGGGUCAACAACAACGUCAAAGCCUCGAUUAUCGUCAAUCCUGACAAGAAGGAAUAUUACAAGGCUCCAUUGUGGCACCAUAUGGGUCAUUUCAGGUAUGGAAAAAAGAACUGUUUUUUGCUUCAAUUUUUCUUUAAAGCAAUGGCUUUUUUUUUUUGAAUUCUCUUAGAGUUUUUAGUGUCACAACGUAGGAAAGAAAAUCCCAAUGUUGUUGAGGAGGGCGAAAUUUUUGACAAAAUCUUUUUGGUCUUUCAGACAUUACAAUAGCCGUUAUUGAUUAUUGCUUUUUUCAAAAAAUUGUGCAGCUCAUUUGGAGAAAAUUUCUGAGUCUCAAGAAAGUUCAUCAAAAAUAGAAAAUGGUUUUUAUGCUAGCAAAAAAAGUUAAUGAAUCAUAUUUUUUGCUUUUCCUGAAGUUUCAUAUAAGCUCCUUUUGAUUUCUAACUUUCAGCAAGUUUGUGCCCCCUGGUUCCUUCCGUAUCUCGCACUCCACCGACGCAAACGGCGACUUGAACAUGGUCGCUUUCUUGGAUCCGCAAGGCAGAAGAGUUGUCGUCGUCAUCAACAAAAACGAUGUUCAAAUUUUCAACCAAAAAAACCAAGCCAAUCAUUGUUUGCAGGUUGUCGGACAGAAACUUUCCGUCUUCGACAAUGGAAAAUACUUUACCGCCAAUCUCGAGCCUUAUUCUUUGGCCACAAUCAUCAUUCCAUAA